AUGCACGAGCAGCAGACAACUCCUAGACCUUCACAGCAGGCAGAUGACGACGAUCAUUGGGACGGGCCGCCGGGUGAAGAACUGGGCGAUGAGUCGAUCGACUGGGACUUCUGGGGCGACGUCAUGAGCAACUACCAGGAUAUUGCCCGUACAAGGCCGCGCCAACUCAGCCGUGCCAUUCAAACGGGCAUCCCAGGAGCGCUGAGGGGAAUGAUGUGGCAGCUCAUGAGCAGCUCAAAGGACGAGGAGUUGGAGCUCAUUUAUGCCUUCUAUCUCAAGCAGACGAGCCCACACGAGAAGAACAUUCGAAAGGAUCUAGCGAGAACGUUUCCCGAGCAGGACUACUUUCAGGACGGUAAAGGCAUCGGCCAGGAGAACCUCUUCAACGUCGUCAAGGCCUACUCGCUCUACGAUGAGGAAUGUGGCUACUGCCAGGGCAUGCAAUUUGUCGUCGGGCCCCUGCUGCUCAACAUGCCCGACGAAGAGGCCUUUUCUACUUUGGUCCGGCUCAUGAAGAGCUACGACCUUCGCGGCCACUUUAUCCCCAACAUGCCCUCGCUCCAGCUCCGACUCUUCCAGUACGACCGUCUCCUCGAAGACUGCCUACCGCUGCUGUCCAAGCACCUCACCCGCAACGGCAUCAAGAGCAGCAUGUACGCCAGCGGCUGGUUCAUGACGCUCUUCUCAUACCGCUGCCCGCUCGACAUCGUCCUCCGUAUCCUGGACUCCGUCUUUGCAGAGGGCAUCGAGGCCCUGUUCCGGUUUUCACUGGCGCUGAUGAAGAAGAACGAGGAUGUUCUCCUGACACUACCAUUCGAAGAGGCGCUUCCUCUGCUCGCCACACGCAUGUUUGACGUCUAUAAGAUCGACGAGUCAGACACGCACCUCCGAGCAGGAAGCCGGAUGGGCACCUCGGGUCCCAAGUACCGCGUCAACGAGUUUGUCCGCGAUGCCUUCCAGUUCAAGAUCACGCCCUUUAUGCUCGAUGACUACGCCUCGGACUUUGAGGAGCAGGUCCGCCAGCGGACAGCACACCGGCGCGAGGUCGAGGCGCUCAAGCUCGUCAACCGCAACCUGUCCAACAAGGUCAAGGAGCUCGAGGAGACGCUGCAGCAGGUCAACAAGGAGCACGUCGACCUCGUCAAGAAUGUCGUCCUGACAAAGCUCGCAAAGGAGGAAAUGGCAGAGGAGCUCGUCAGGUACAAGACAAUGUACGCCGAGGCGGUCCUCAUUGCUGACCAGUACGGGGCCAGCAAUUCGCCCAAUCGGCCAAGGCAAUGA